GUGGCGUGUUCUUGGUUUCGUUGUUUUAUUAAAAUGUUUCACCUGCUUCCGACUCACCGCCCCAUCAUCACAGAAUACCAACUCAAAAUAUGGACGCAGCAGGACAACCGGACAUCUCCCAGACGAUCAAUGGACAAGGUGACCUUCUUCGUCAACACCAUGACCAGCUGGCUCAACUGGGGACGGCCAUGGAAGAUGUUCUCCGCAGUCCACAACGUCUCAACAGCGGAGGAUAUUCUAGAGCCAGUCUACCCAACGAGUCAGCACACUCAGCCCAUUCAGCAACCCGCUAAGGUCAGCGAUGCCCGUCUAUCCCUCCCGGAGAAAUAUGAAGGGACACCAUUCAAAUGCCGUGGCUUCCUCCUUCAGUGCUCCCUCUAUUUCGCACAUCAGAUGGGAGCUCCCACCACCGAGAUGUCUAAGGUUGCCACGGUUAUUUCUCUGCUGACUGGGCAGGCAUUGGAAUGCGCUACGGCCGUCUGGGAGGUAGGAGAGGAGGAGCUUGAGUCUUAUGAGUGUUUAAAUGUAUUUUCAAUCAUCCCGAGGGUCAACAUCCCGGAGGAAUAUCAGGAUUUAAGGGAGGUAUUCUCCAAGACCUGCACUACCUGUCUCCCUCCUCAUUGCCCGUGGGACUGUGACAUUGACCUGUUUUCCGGUGCUACACCUCUGCGCAGACGCAUCUACCCUCUGUUGGUGUCUGAGACCCAGGCCAUGGAGGACUACAUUCAAGAGGCACUCCAACAGGGUUUCAUCCGCAGCUCCACGUCCCCUGCUUCGGCUGGUGUCUUCUUCGUGGCCAAUGAAGGAGGAUUACGCCCUUGUAUCGAUUACCAUGGACUCAAUGGCAUCACCACAAAGUAUCGUUACCCUCUCCCGCUGGUGCUGUCAGCCAUCGACCACCUCCGUGGGGCACGGUUCUUCACCAAACUGGACUUGCAGAGUGCCAAUCUCAUUCGUAUCCGGGAGGGGAAUGAGUGGAAGACUGCAUUCAGCACGAUGUCUGGUCACUAUGAGUACUUGGUUAUGCCCUUCGGCUUAGCUAAUUCUCCAUCAGUGUUCCAGGCAUUCGUCAAUGAGGUGUUCAGGGACAUGCUCGGACGACAGGUGAUUUUGUACAUUGAUGACAUCUUGAUCUUCUCUACCAACCUGGAGGAUCACAUCACUCGCGUUCGAGCAGUCCUGGAACUCCUCUUGGCUAACCACCUGUUCGUCAAGGUGAAGUGCCAAUUCCACCAGAGGACUGUCUCCUUGGGCUACCAAAUCACCCCGCAGGGAGUGAGGACGGAGGACAAGAAGGUAGAUGCGGUAAGGUCAUGGCCAGUCCCAACCAAAACCAAGGGGUUACAAUGGUUUUUGGGGUUUGCCAACUUUUACCACCACUUCAUCAGGAACUUUAGCGACGCCGCUGCACCUCUCACCUCCCUCCUCAAGGGUGGGCCUCUUAGGUUGAUGUGGUCUCCAGCAGCCCACGAGGCCUUUCGUCUCAAGGGGCGUUUCACCUCUGCCACCUUGCUGAAACCCCCAGAUCCCACGCUACCUUUUGUGGUUGAGAAACUGUCCCCCGCAGAGAGGAAAUACGACAUUGGCGAUCGUGACCUCUUGGCGGUGAAGUUGGCAUUAGAGGAGUGGAGACACUGGCUGGAAGGUGCCAAGGAACCAUUCGUCAUCCUCACCGACCAUCGGAACCUUGACUACAUAUGGACAGCGAGGAGACUGAAUUUGUGUCAAGCCAGGUGGGCCCUCUUCUUCACCAGGUUAGACUUCAUGCUGACCUAUCACCCAGGUUCUAAGAACAUCAAGGCCGAUGCCCUGUGCCAUAUCUACGAUUCGGGAGAGGCUCCUGUCCAGAGGGCACCCAUAAUCCCAACCUCCCGAGUCGUGGGUCCAGUGGUUUGGGACGUAGAUGUGGACAUCCGCCAGGCUCUAGCGAGGGAGCCCGCAGCCAGGAAUUGUCCUCCCGCGCGCAUCUAUUCCCCCGGGAUGCUCCAGCAAGGAAGCUCCUGCCGCUUCCAGUGCCUCAGCGACCUUGGUCCCAUCUAUCCAUUGACUUUGUUGCUGAGGCACUCUUCCAGCAGGUCUUAUGGCCUUCCGGAGGACAUCGUCUCGGACUGUGGCCCCAUAUUCACAUCCCGAGUAUGGAGGACCUUCUUGGAGAAGCUCGGGUUCACGCCGGCACUGGCCCUGUGGACCCCGGCCCAGACGGCGGCUCCUGCGGUAGAUGAGUGGUUCAGGCACGUGGAGGUGUGGAACAAUGCGUCCGUGAGACUCCAGUGCGCCGUCCAUCGUCAGAAGGAGCAUGCAGACAGUCACUGCAGGGAGACCCCUGUGUUCCAUCCUGGGGAUCGCGUCUGGCUCUCUAUCAAGAACCUCCCACUCUGCCUACCCUGCAAGAAACUGAGCCCCUGGUUUGCGAGGCCAUUCAAGGUUCACCGGAGGGUCAAUGAGCUGAUGCUGUCCCCCACGACACACCUCCACCCCACCUGGACAUCGAGGGGAGCCCAGCGUAUGCAGUCAGAUCCCUACUGGACUCCUAUAAUCGUGGGGGUCGGCUCCAGUAUCUGGUGGACUGGGAGGGGUAUGGCCGAGGAGCGGUGUUGGGUUCCGGCGGAGGACAUUUUGGACCCCAACAUCUGUGAUUUCCACCUUCGCCGCCUGGACCGACCCGCGCCUUGUCCUCUGGGUCGUCCCCCUCGUCGACGUCGUCCUGCGGCUGGAGCUGCACGUCGCCAGCUCCAGCCGUCGCCAGAGUACUAA